AUGGACCCGGGUAGGUCACAGCCGCCUACAAAGAAGCGCAAAACCCGGUGGGGGGUGGUUGAAGGUGGAGCAACUUCGCAGAAUAGCGGGCCGAGUCCUGUAGUGGAGGGACCGCGUGCUUCCCAAGAGAGCCAAACCCGGAAGCCGCGAGAUGUUCAGCAGAUUUUGAGUCGUAUUGGAGAUUUAUCGGAUGUUUUGAACCGCGCCAGGGCAUCAAAGGGUCAAGCAUUAUUGCCUCGGCAUGCUACACUCCGGAUUAACCAGGCCCUGCCGGAAAGAAUGAAGUCGACGAAAGUUGAUCCAAAGAAUAAUCCAUUUUACGAUCCAACAAUAAAGACGAAGGUGGGACUGAAGCCCAAAUUAGGGGCAUUACGGUUCGUUACCCAGGGCUACUACGUAAGCAAGCAACGGAGAAUCGAGAAGAAGCUCGGCGUCGAAGCCGAUCAGACUCUCGAUAGCGUUAGGAUUAGUCCGCCCGACUCAGAGGUUUCCACACAACAGCUGGCCCUGGCUGCCGCCUUGGAAUUUGUGGGCGCAAGGAAAUCGAAGCAUGAGAAGGCAGCGCCUCUAAGUGUGGAUGCGCUGGCGUCAACGACGAAAUCGAGCGGGCAAUCGAAGCAGCAAGUGACUGAACCGGUGGCUGAAGUCUCGGAGGAUCUCGAUUGGUGGGAUAUGAAGUUACUAAUCAAGUUGACUCCCGAGACUAUCGAAAAGAAGCGCUUGGGGCGAGGCGGAAAUGGGGAAGAGGACAAUGCAGGCGGUUCGGCUCCCGGGUCAGCUGCUAAUGGCUCAGUCAUUAAGCCCAUCGCUGGUUUGCUUUCAGAGGAGGAAUUGCGUUGGUUUGACCGUGAAUUUCCGUACGAGAUGAAGAAAAACAUUAUUACGCAUCUAGUGCAGCACCCGGUCCCGAUUGAGCCGAUUGCGGACCGCGAGUCCGCGAUUGCACCUGCUAUAUACCUUACGCUGGAAGAGCGGAAGCGUAUGCGGCGUCAAAGGAACAAGGAGCGGGAGCAGGACAAACGUGACAAGAUUCAGAUGGGGCUGAUCGAGCCGGACCCCCCGAAGGUCAAACUGUCCAACCUGAUGCGCGUCCUGGGAGACGAGGCGGUGACCAACCCCACAGCAAUCGAGAUGAAGGUGCGGCAGCAGGUGGCCGAACGGCUAAAGGCUCACGAGCAGCGCAACCGGGAGCGGCAACUGACUGACGAACGACGCCGCGAAAAGACUAAGGAGAAAUGGGUGGCUGCGCAGGAGACAUCGGUAUUGGUCCAGGUAACGGUCUUCCAGCUCAAAGACAUCACGGACAAGCAGUGUCUCUACAAGAUCCACCAGAACGCCAAAGACUACCAUAUGACUGGCGCGGCCAUCCUGUGUCCAGGCGUCCGCAAUCUUGUGAUUGUCGAAGGCUCCUCGCGCGCCGUGAAACGCUACAAAGCCUUAAUGAUGAGACGCAUCAAGUGGCCCGAGCCAGACAACCCUCUGGACCCCUUCUGCAAGCUUGUUUGGGAAGGACCCAUGAAAGGCCGCUGCUUCAAAUACUGGCAGAUGUGCCCUUGUCGGACUCUGGAGGACGUCAAGAGCGUGUUCGACAAACACGAAGCCGCGGCGUACUGGACCAUUGUAGAAAACUACCGAGACCAACACGCCGAUUUAGUGUAA